GCUUCUGGGCGCGGUGUUGGAAGGCCAUCAUUACAAUAGGACGGUUCAAAGAUCAUCCCGCAUUUGAAGGGGGCGUCUAAGACGGUCCGUACAGUAGGGGCGGCGUUCUUAACGUCUUGGCGUCUUCAAGGAAGGCGGUUAACACCACUGACGUACCUAAAAGGUCACCAACAUGUGGGUAUCGGUGAUUCUGGCGAUAACGUGCAUAGGGAUUGGCACGACAGGAGCGCCAUUCGAUCCAGCCCAAGUGAUAGCUCCGAAGUUUACUGUCGAACCAAAAGACGUGGUGUUCAACCCAGCUGGCACUACGACCACCGUGUCCUUCCAAUGUACAGCGACAGGCGACCCCGCACCACAAUAUCUCUGGUUCAAACAAUAUGUCGACCUUGAUUCGAUCACGCGUCAGCCUCCUUACCAGACUUCAGGUGGAACCCUGACCAUCCCUACACCCACAGCUGCGGACCAGGGAAGGUACUGGUGCCAGGCUUACAACGAGUACGGCAGGGUUGUCAGCGUUGGAGCCAACUUGACAUUCGCCUAUGUUGACGACUUCGACAUAGGUCCACGAACCGGCGUUACAACUUCUUCCGGAAACGGUACACUUUUGCCGUGUAUGCCUCCAAAUGCAUUUCCUGGUCUUGUAUACCACUGGAUUGAGGCCGACCAGACCAGUUUCAUUUCUCCCACCGUACGGAGGUACGCGUCACAGAAGAACGGUGAUUAUUACUUCGCCAAUGUCGACCCGAAUGACAACGGACUGUAUCAAUGUGGAGUGAAGAUCAACCUAAACGCGGGUGGGGCAACGGACCCAUCGACGGCGGGUUUCAACGAAUUCAGCCCCCAUACGGAGCUUACAGUGAACAGUGCCACUCCCGUUCCCCAGUCGCCUCCACAACUUGUGCUGUUCGAGACCGUCCAGUACAAGAAAAGAGGAGACAAUGUUCUGAUGGAAUUCUUCGCAUACGGAAAUCCUACUCCGACUCUUGGCUGGCGCAGAGUGGAUGCAAUCGGCGGCAACCCGAUGGAGUUUCCGCCGAGCGCAAAGUACGAACAGUGGAACCGGGCCAUGACGCUGACCAACGUGGCUCUCCCCGACCAGGGAUUCUAUGAAGUCACAGCCACCAACUCACAGGGAACUGACGUAAAAACAGCACAGCUCAUCAUAGAAGACGUUCCACAAUAUAUCAAGAAGUUGGAAACACAGAACCUAGACCUGGCGCCUGGAGAAGACAUCAACUUGGAGGUGACGUGGCAAGAUGACGGCAGGAACCCGGUUACUCCCACAUGGUACUACAACGGAGCGGACGUAGUGCCCGACGGCACCAAGUAUAUCGUCGACAACAGCUCUCCCGCGACAUCAAGGCUAACUGUUAAAAACGCCCAGCCCGGUGUCGAUAGCGGCUCGUACCAAAGCAUUUUGGAGAACCAAUACGGCUUGACGCCGUCCUUUUCCGAAGUCAGGGUCGGAGCACCAGCCAAAGUGGCUGACCUCAAACUUGUUGAAAAGGGGGACAACUCGCCAACGCUGUCCUGGUCAGAGCCGCAGACGAAAGCAGAGCUCGACGGCUACCAGAUACAGUAUUACCCGACAGACAACCCCGACAACGUCCAGUACAUGGAUGUGGGGAAAACUCCACUGCAAGCAACCGUUCCCAAUUCAAACCCGGAUACCUCCACAUACAGGGCAAGACAGAAUUAGUAACUUUUCGAUGAUGAUGAGUUUUCGUACUUCCAUGAAGUAUGCAAAUUGCGAUAUAUGUAAAUUGUAGUAACGUCGUGUCACCACAUAUCUCUAACGCUGGCAUUAAUGGCACAUUGUAAAAUGCUGAUUUUUUUAUGUUAAUUGAAAAUAUACACAAUUGCGUCAGGACAUUCAGCAUUGUUGAAGUAGGCUGAGGUUUAUAUAUCUAUACUGAAAUUUGCCUUAAAGUCGCCGUGUAAAAUAAAUAAACGUUUUUAUGGGUUAAUGGG